AUGAUUGGAGAUCCUGCCUCAGCGUCCCUCCAGGGGCCAGGAGAACCAAAUGCUGUGGUACCCAGCUCUAGCCCUGGAGGCCCCGGGGAGCCCAUGGAAGUAGAGUGUCCCAUCUGCUACCAGGAGUACAACCAGUACAACAAAUGCCCCCGGAUGCUGGAGUGCCUCCAUGUCUUCUGCACCGAGUGCCUCCAGCAGAUCCAGCUCUGCCCCAGUGAGCCUCCAGACCCCUGCAGCCCGCCGGCCAUCCCCUGCCCCCUCUGUCGCCACCUCACCCCGCUGCAGACUGGGGACGCCCUCUCCCUCCCCUGCAACUCCCGCAUACUGGCCAGGCUGCCUCCUACAGCCUUCCGCCUGCCCCUGACGAUGGCGGCCCAGCUGGCCACCGUCACCCAGAGAGUCGUGCUGUCCCUGGAGGCUGACGGCCGGGACACUCGCUUCAUCAUCCUGCCCACCGUCAGCCUCCAGGUGCAGCAGAUGCACCCAGACCGGCCACACGGCACAGCGCCGGGCCUGGUGGGCGAGGUGGAAGUCAUGAUGCAGCACAGGAAGACCCUCCUCUGUGUGCAGCUGCUGGCCCUCGUCUUCUGGGUGCUGUUUGUGAUCACCUGUGUGGUCGGGGUGGUGUUUGGGCCCAAUUUCUUUAACAGAUGAGGGUGAUGGGAGGUGGCAGAGC